AAAUGUGUAACUUAUCAUCUGGGCAAAACAACGAUGACACGCAGAGGUCUGCUAGCAGAGGACUUAGCAGGUGUAUUAAUAAAAACGUUUCGCUUCAAAAAAUAGAUCCUAGUUGCUUCAGUAAACAAUUGCGUUGCAGGCAAUCUCUUUAAUGUGCUAAGUACAGCGAUUUCUUUGAGACAAAUAUAUAAUUUUGUGAAAUGCGGAGUUUGUUUGAGCCAAAAUGGCGGUGGUAACUUCUUUUGGCGAUUGUGAUGACGUAAAAUAUGUGCGGUGUCUUUAGACUUGCCUGUGUAAAAUUCGUUAAUAUUUGGCACUUGUAAAUUAUUGUAAAUCGUUGCGCAUAGGGCUUAGGUAUGUGAAGAUAGUACAAUAAUAAAAAAUAAAUAAGUCAAUUUUGUAAUAUUUUAUUUUUAGAAAAACGAUCGAACAAAAUUGGGGCCACCUUUGCCAGUGACGUGAACGCCUACCGGAAAGAAAAUAGACAUUCACAUGGUGCGCGGAAGGGUGCUUUCAUGAAAGUUUACCGAACGAAGUUAAGGGAAUUUACGUUUAUUCACACUAAGCAAAUUAAUAAUAAGUUAGAAAUUACAUAUGUAACGGAACUAUGAACAGUGUGCGUAUAAUGAAAUGUGUGCACGUCGAUUAAUUGCCGAAAAUAUUGUUUCUCCACAUGCAAGUAGAACAAACACCUAAUUUAUUUACAGAAAACUAGAAAUACUGCUCUUAAGUCAGGCCCAAAAGGAAAAACCUGUAUUCAGCGAAAAUCAACACUGGUCAUUUUAAGCAUUGGGUUUAAAUAAUGACGUCCUCAAUGAUAAUUCCAGUAAUAGAUGUGCAGGGCAAUAAUUUUAAGGAGCUGUGGGCUGCAAUGGUUCUGGCCAUUAAAACGUCUUCAUUCAUUGCAGUUGAUACGGAGCUGAGUGGUCUUGGGUCAAGGAAAGCUCUUCUAUCAGAAUCUAUUGAAGACAGGUAUAAAGCCAUAUGCCAUGCAGCGCGCACACGGUCAAUACUGUCUUUGGGGAUUGCAUGUUACAAAGAACUUGAAAACAAAGCAGACAGCACAUACCUGGUCCAGGUCUACAACCUAACCUUGCUUUGCAGAGAAGAAUACAUCAUUGAACCCCAGUCAGUGCAGUUUCUUGUGCAACAUGGAUUUGACUUCAACAAACAAUACGCUGAAGGCAUUCCUUAUAAUAAGGGGAAUGACAAAGGAGGUGAUGCCCAUGGGGUAAACAUGCGAUCAUUAUUCGUAGAGCUUCUUAGGGCAAACAAGCCUUUAGUGGUCCAUAAUGGGCUGAUAGACAUGGUGUUCUUGUACCAGUGCUUCUAUGCCCAUUUACCCGAGCGACUGGGCACCUUCACAGCAGAUCUGUCACAGAUGUUUCCUUCGGGCAUCUACGACACCAAGUAUGCAACAGAGUAUGAGCUGCGAUUUACAGCAUCAUACCUGGAAUAUGCCUAUAAGAAGUGUAAGCUGGACAAUUCCAGAGCCAUUGAAGGUGGCAGAAAAGGGACUCAUGUGUUUCUGGAGUUUUGUAAAUAUACAGGGAACAUGCAAAGCUACAUAGACUACAGGCCUUGUGUGGACAACCAGGAUCAUGAUAGUGCACUCAGCAUCUGUGUUCAGUUUUCAUCAUAUGGAUGGUGUCCCAAUGGUUCUCAAUGCCCCAUGUCACACGACACAGACCUUAUAAUCCAGAAUGAUGAGAACAAACGAGACAAGAAAAAGAAGAGAAAGCGCAAGAAUAAAAAGAAAGAUGAUGAAGAGCAUCUGGACCAGCCUCCCGAUACAUGCGAGUCCCCACAGGGCAAGAGGACACAUCUGGAAAACAUGGAACUGGAUCUGCAGGAUCAUUCAGUGCCUGUACAAGAACCCACACUCUCAGUACAACAGCAGACAGUGGAUGAGGAGCCAGCAGAUAGUACAAAUGCAUCUGAGCCAACAAAAACAACCAAGAAUGGGAAUGAAGAAUCUCCACAAGGGUCCUCUAUGGAUCCCGAUAGACCAAUGGAGAAGAAAGUUGAAGGAGGAACUCACAGGGCUGGCUUUGAUGCUUUCAUGACAGGUUACAUUUUUGCUUUUGCCAGGAAUAUGACGGAAGAAAGCAAAUCUGCAAUGACGGAAGAAAGCAAAUCUGCAGACCACGUCCCGGAAUGUCUCAAUAAGCUGUACCUCAGUGGCAAGUCUGUUCCUCUACACAUAGCCAAAAGCACCUUCACCAAGUCUUCAAAGGCUCAUGUGCACAAGAUGGACUUUAUCUGGGGGAAAAGCCCUGCGGUUCAGACUGAGGGAAGUGCAUAAAAACUUGUUUUCUAGAUUUAUUUUGGGCACAUUUUUGACAAAUAAAAUAUGAGUUUUUAAAGUAA